GCGGAUGUGAAAGCGUUUCCCAGGGAGCAUAUAUGCUACUCAAGAAUGUUUCGUGUCACCUCCGGAGCAUUUGGCGAGGGAUACUAAAAGAAAAAAAACGUUAUCAUAUUGAGUAUGGCAAUUUAUGCAUAGUCGAUGCUGGCUCUUUCAUGAGAGGGCACUUUGCAUUCAUCAAAUCAAGGCUCUUGCCCCAGUCUAUUGUUUUGUCUUUGUCUCGCAGAUUAGAAACUGCGAGAAGUUUUUUUUUUUUCAAGCUUGACCGAGUCCAUCGCGAAGCCGUCUCGGCCGCCCAUACAAGCUGCAAGUUGUCUCGAGUUCUAGCAGGUUUGUGCUUAGAAAAUAAGCAGGUUUGAGAAUCAUCGCCGACCAUUGAUCAAGCACUACUGACAAGUUUCGUUUGACAAAGUCAUUAGUAAUUUGUGAAGACAAAGCUGUAUGCGACUAUUACAUGCUUAAGACUAUGUCUUCGAAAGUUGCACCUCGUUCUGCUCGAAGCCAGAUAACGCCGCAGAAACGCUGGAGCGCUCCACCGACAGAAAAGGGCUUCGACCGAGCGAUCUCUACCCCUGAUCAAAUCAAUAGAGAUGUGCGCGGAUUGAAACUUCGUCAGCGCGUCUCUAUCGUUUUGGGAGAUGAAGUAUUCCGCGAAGAACUAGAAGAGGUUGUAGGAAGUGUUGAUAUGGAAAAGAAGACUGCUAAUCUGCAAGGUUUCCGCACUUAUCAGGAUUUCUUGAUUCCAACUUGUGGUUUUUCUGGUCUUGGUGGCGUAAGAGUGCCAAUUGCUCCAGUCGCAAACAUGCGAGGAGUUGAUGGCUCAAGAUUCAGCAAAGAGGGAAAAUUAUUGCGUUGUAAAGUUGCAUCCGUCUAUCGACUGGCCGAUUCGUUUAACUGGCUUACGGAUAUGGAAAGCAAUGUCUUGUGUACGGCAAGGGCCACUGAUGACGAUUAUUACUACCUGACACCACCACUUGGCCUACUUGCUGGUGAGGUAUCUGCUGGUUGCCUUUAUAAGAUGGACCAGGAAGGCAAUACCAUAGAAGAAGGCAACACCAAUCUUACCGUCAACAAGAUUGCACUUGAAAUCCAUAGCCAGGUUUAUGGGUGCAAGUCUGAUGUCAACUGUGUGGUGGUCUUAUGCUCAACUAAUGUAAAAGCUGUGAGUGCCAUGGACUGUGGGGUGUUACCAAUAAGCCAUGAGGCUGCAGCAAUAGGAGAGGUUGUGUAUCACACUCUUGGAAGUAUUGUCCUUGAUAAAGCAGAGAAAGAGGCUCUUACCCUGAAAUUAUCUGCUGUUGACAAGGUUCUUGUACUGAGGAAUAUGGGAGCUGUGUGUGUUGGGAAGUCAGUAGAGGAGGCAUUCUACAAUGCCUUCUUACUUCACAAAGCUUGUGAAAACCAGGUCUAUGCAGUUCGGGCUGGUAUCAAUAACUUGAUCAAACUUGACGACGAAGUGAGAGAGAAGAUAUACAAGUCUGUACAAGAGGGAGAUGAUGUCAAUCAGAACAAGAGGAAGGUUGCAGAUGUGCACUUUGAAGCUUGGAUGCGUAUGUUGGAUGCCAGGGGGCACAAAACUGGAUACGAAUUUUCCAUUCAACUCUCCAAGCAGCAAACAGAAGAGCCAACACAAUCAAAAGCAAAGUCCCCAGCCAAAUCGAGCUCUUUCCGAUAUGGGACGCCUCAUGAGACCUCGAAGGCGAGGUCACCCGUUUAUCGCUCUCACACCACAGGCCACAACUACAGAACCAAGAUAAGAUGGCUGAACGAGCCCAUCAAAUCAACCACUUAUCGACCUGAGCCAAGCCUUGCGAACGACAACAAAGAAGAAGAGGAAGGCCUGGGCCAAGAGAAGUUCUCCUCGCAGCUUGUUGCCGUGGAGGACGCGGUGUUUGCAGAGACGCAGCCAGAACAAGAAACAAUCCCAGAACCGCCGACACAAGAACCCAGUGAGACUCAUAUCACAGAAACCAAAGAAACUCGCGAGGAACCUUCAGGGCAAACGGUUACCGUUACUACGACAACCGUGACGACAGAGAAGUCCAAGGAGGAGUUGCACGUGCCUGAAGACUCUCCCUCGUCGGCCGAGGGCGGCAAGAGACGUAAGAAGGUGAAAAAGAGCCGCAGCUUCAAGGACACCAUGAUGCAGAAACUCGGCAUGAAGAAGAAACACCACAGCCUCGAAGAGGGACUGGAGAAGAAGCCCGAGUAAAUGUUGCAAGGGGCCAUAAGUGUCGAAUAACAUGCUUAAGAGACGCCAGAAACAAUAACGUAUCUUCGAUCAUUCGCCAUUCGUCUAACAGUUUUUAAAUAUAAUUGUGAAACAAUUGCCUAUCUUACUUUGAAACAGUACUUCAGUACUAUUUGAUAAGGAAUAUUUUGCAUUUUGUUUUACGUCUUCGUUAGGUUUUGAAUAUGAACGUUUGGAUAUUGUUUAGGGAAAUGUUUAUUUGAUAAUCAAUAACACUAAUUAAACAGCAUAAGUCAAGCA